UUUACCGAUGCCGCUUUCUUCCUCUCGGUUACCCGACCCGACUUAAUUUCCCGAAAGUCUAUUUAGGAAACUCCAUCCACGCGUUUAACAAUUCAAUAAUAAUCGUGUAAAAAUACUUUUCUGAAUUCUUUUUUAAUUGAAAUAACGUUUGCACAAAUAUGCUUUGUUUGACUUGUCUAUCCGUAGUUAUUCGAGUCUUUUUAGAAACGAUCAAACGACUUGGGCUCGAUUGAAUAAAUAAUUGUCAACUUGUUUUUUGAGAAACUUGCAAGUAUUACGUAAACGUUUCUUGUUGGGUUUCUUGUGCCUCCUCAACAUCGCGACAAGUGUGACCAAUAAGCAUUAGAAUUUGCAAGUCAAGGCCACGUUCGUCUAGCGAAGCUAUAAGACACACGUGUUGCGAUGAAGAAGGCACAGUUGGUAUAGACCAUUUAUUAAACGCACUUGUAAUAUUGACGAGUGAAUUAUUAAAUCCAAUUUUCUACACAUGUAUAAAUAUCCGCACGCUACACACCAUCAGUGUGAAAUAUCAACUACUUGAUUUCAGUGCACAAUUAUGACAUAUCCGCCCACGUGUAAACGACACAUCGCUGCUUCUCCUCUGCAACCUGAAUUCGAUUUGCACGGUGAUAGUAUCUCUCGCACUCUCUGUGCGCAAAAGUGUGCUUCGACUUGGACGACGCAUUCUUGUACAAGAUAGCAGUUAUCGAUAGUUGUGCAUUACCAUAAAUGCGCAACCGAAUGUUUCAACGUUGAGGUGGAUGGAUUUGAAAAUCUCAUUCAAUGAAAUAAAAUUCAAGUAAAUGAAACGAAGAUAUAAAGAGAGGGAGAUGAAGACGUGUCUGGCGUUUCUGCUGCUACUACCGCUGUACUUGAUUGGGAUGGAUCUAUUGCUUUAUUUCAGAGUGCAGAAUUACGACGUCCGCCCACGUGCGAAUGAUACCGCAUCGCCGUAUCGCUCGGCCAUCCUCUGCGAUCUCAAUCCGAUUUGCACGGUGACGGUGAAGGCCAUGAUGCUCGACCACCCGAAUCAUUACAUCCUAACUCCCCUGGCGUCGCUGGUGGAUUAUCUGCUGGAUAUCAGUCGCUCCUGGACUUGGCUCACGCCGAAUGCCAUCAGCGUCUCUCACGUGGUGAUAGCCGUAAUCGGCGCUCGAUGCAUCGCGCGAGCCUCAAUUUUCAGCAGGCGAGUCGGUGUCGCGUUGUUUCAAGUCAGGGCCUGGAUGGACGACUUGGACGGGUACGUGGCGAGAACGCGGCUCGAUAUUAGAGGCGAGAGGUCUGACGUCGGCUCGAUCGGUUUCUUCGUCGACGGCAUCUGCGACGGCCUGGGUUGCGUCGCUCUCAUCGUCGCGUUAUUCGUCUCUCUGAAGCGCACCGUCGGUUACGAGCUGCCCCAUCGUGCCGUCUCCUCCAAUUCGGCCUGGAAAUCGCCCCUGUGUAACGUCACAAUAGUCACUCUACAUUUCUCUCUUACGAGCAUCGCUUGGAACCGAUUUAUAUCCGUGUAUCAAGAUCUCCUGGAUGCCGACGACAUUCCUCCGAUGAACCGGCAAGACUUGUACGAUAGACAAACCGUAGUCCUCAGAAGUUCCGCCUUUUGGGCCAUCACCCUCGUCUGGAAGAUGUUCAACUUUCACGCGAUCAUGGAUUACGUACUCUUGGCGAUAUUUCUACCCGGAGAUCUGCGACAUCGCAUCGAUAAGUACGUCAGGCUCACGUGGUUGCAGUUACCCGCCGUUCUCUUGCUGCUCGUUCUCGUCAGCGAGCUUCAUUACGUUCACGCGUACGCUUAUGUCAAAUCCUGAUAUUGUAUUCUAAUAAAUUGUACGUUAUGCUUUCGCGCGUCAAUUUGUAUCUUUCAUUGCCAGGGAGUUUAAGAGCGACAAGCUUGCCAAUGGCGUCCUAAUCCUAACUGGAUCUCUAGUCUCUAGAAAAAGAAGGCAGAUGCCGCAGAUAAAAUCUCUCUCCCCCCGCAAUACUCGCGUUCGUACGUACACGUCUCAACACACGUAACCGACGAUACUAUAGUAUAGCGAUAUAGAAUUAAUAGAAUUAUAGAGGGGGGAGAGAGCGCGACUAUUUUCAUCUCUCUCAAUCUCGAGGGGACCUUGAACGCUCUAGCUCUGUCGCGGCCAGCGACAACGUGCGUCAUCUCUCAUGACUCGAGUGCGUGUGUGUUGCACGGGUGACGGGUCCACAGUAGUCCACAAUCGCAAACGAUUCUCAAUGUUAUGAGAUGUAAGAUGAGAAGUCGCUGUCGCGCUCUCGCCCUCCUCGCCCUCGCGUCGUCGUCGAGACAAAUGCCACGCGUUUGACGUAUGAGAAGAUGGUGACCGACCGAUAGCGCGAGACUUGAUGAUAACGCAAAUCC